AUGCCCUUGGCUGAUGUAGCAAAAGGUGUCUUAGAUUUGACUUAUCGUAGUGUUUGGGGAAAAUUAUUUGGACAGCCCGAGAGGAAAGAAGAAGAUACACCUUCUAUAGCAAAGGAAUCAAUGAUGCGUACACGAUAUGAUAAAAAGCGUGAUGGCUUCACUGUUGCGCUCGCACCAAAUGGUAGACUGGCUGUCGUAACUGAUAACUUAGAUCGUCUUCUUCUUUUCGACCUGCAACGUGGAAUAGCGUUACGUGUAUGGAAGGGCUAUCGAGACGCUCAAUUUGCGUUUGUGCCUGUAAAAGAACGUUCACUGAAAGGAGUACAAACACAACAUCGAAAAGCACAGUUUCUCGUUAUAUAUGCGCCACGUUUGGGUUGUUUGGAGAUCUGGGCAUUGCAAAAUGGUCCAAAAGUUGCCGCACUCACGGUUACCAAAAAUGGACAAUUAGCAUACAAUACACAUGGUUUAAUGGGCGUACCACCAGGCAUGAAGGUGAAAUCAUCCUCACCGAAUUAUUGCUUGUUUUUAGAUCCCAGCGAUAGUAGCGUCAAAGAGAUGCAAAUACCCUUCCAUUUUGCGCUAAGUGAGACCAACUCGAAAACUUCACGCAAUGUACACUUGUUUCGUCAGCUCAAGAAUCUUUUGCGAGAAGGUGAAACUUCUACUAGCAUGGACGAAAUUACCCAAGUAGCCGCAGGCUUUCAAACGAUCGAAGUACGCCAGCAAUGCCUUGAGAUGUUAAAGAAAAAUAAGCAGUUAAAACCCCAUAUAUUUCAAAAAAUUGUAUCCGCCUUUGCCGACUCAUUAUGCACAGAAACGCAAGAGGAGGACGGCGACGUAAAUGCAGAGCACGGUAGUUUUAAAAUUGUGGUUGAUAAUUACAAACGGCUCGCAGAAUUUUAUUUAACAAUGAAGCGGCCAAGCGAAGCAGAAUUCGAUGACUAUUUAGAAUUAGAUGAUUGUGAUUUGGUAACUAUCAACCAAGUCGUUUUAUUACUGGGCGACAAAUGUGCACAACCAACCCAAAGCGAUAUCGACGAAGGUGCUCAUUUUAGUGGAAGGGUGACGUUUCAAGAGCGGUGUCAGGAAGAUGGUGACUUUGUUGACUUUUUAAGCAUUUUUCAAGUUGAUAUUGAGGAUAAAUUACCGCUCCUACGCGAAAAAAUCGAAAGCUUUGGCUAUAUAAGUGGGCGGCUUUUUAGGGAAUUUUUCGAAAGCGGUUUGUGCUUUGAAGAGUUAAAAUCGGCAGCGGUUAAAGCCAAAAUACCUGCUGAAGAUUUGAUGGUUUUAGCGCUACACUUUUGGAUGGAGAAGCCAUUCCGAUAUCAAAACUGUGAUGAAGUUAUUGCUGAUAUGACACGGCUGGCAGCUAUGAUAAAAGCUUUGUGCGAAUUAGCAGGCGAUCGUGUCUACGACUACGCAUACAAUGCCAUCUCACAGUGGUGGCAGGAUGUGCGUGAAAUACUUUUGGAAAGUCCCAAAUCACUUGGCUUACUUGCGGCCAUUGUGUGUAAGUCAGUGGCAGCCAAACUUCGACGGGGCUUUAAAGAAGGCUCUUGCGACGAGGGUUCGCAGGCAGAGGAAGAAGAAAAGUGGGAACAAAUCUCACACGAUCAAGCACAAUGGGGUUUACUCAUCGGUAAAUUGGAAGAUAUUUCAAUAUUAGGCGCCACUGUAGAGCAUCCAAUACAAAGUACUGAACCCGUUAUGCCCGAACUACCAUAUAAACCACCACAUUGUAGUUUAAAAUUUAUUGUCAACGGGGGCAAAGGCAUUGUCACGGAUCUUACUGCCCAAUGGUUGAUCAACUCACGCAUACAUCCUUUGAAAAUUCUUGAAACCGAAGUAGUACUAGUAGACGAGAUUGGUGUGCAAGAGAGAAGUCAGACUCCAACUAAUACGAAUACAAUCGAAGACAACGAGGAGUUAGCUAUUAAUGUAGGUGGGGGCGAUCAAUGCUUGUCAGACAAGAAGGUAGCAGUCGAGUCCACAGAUGAUCCAGUAUUAAAAAAAUUGGCACUUCUGCGCGAACAUUUUCCAUUUAGUUUGGAAUCGGGUAUGCUGCUCAGUCUUAUGUCAUGGCAGUAUAUGGUACAUUGGAGUAAAAAUUUACCAUGCUUGCAAUAUAUGCGCGCUGCACUCACAUGCAUGUCCAACUUCAAGCCGGUAGAUUAUGCGUUGAAGCAUGGCAUUUGUUGUAUGCUUUGGAAUGCCACCCUUAAGUAUCCACUGCAAUCGACUAUGAAACUAAUACAAAAGGCGGGUCGUUUGCCGAAGGAUAAAAUGUGCCAACAGGAUAUCGAAAUGUCUGCCGCUUUAGUGCCUGAAUUUCUCGAAUUAAGUUUACAAUUUUUAGAACAUUUCAGCAGUUCACUCGACCACAAUAGCCGUGAAUUGAAGUUCGAGGAGUCGCUCACGGAUGGUCAGCUGCCUCUGCAGUAUCUUGCGUUGCAACAGCACAAUGCUAUUGAAGAGUUGUUACAAUUGCACUAUGAGUUAUGCGCUGUAUUACAUUUAAGCCCAUUUACAAAUGUAUUCGAUGCCAUGGCAAAUAAGGCUUUCUUCAGUGAUAUCAAUAAAGAGCUGCCUUUUGAGCUGCCAGAAACGGAUUUGGUGUUGCAACAGCAACGUGAGCAUUUCUUAUGCAAAGUAAUUACUGCCUCAAUGGACUUAAUACGCGAAGACUUGGAGCAGUUGUACGUGCUAGAGCAUGAGGAGUGUAUGAAGAAGAUUAUGGCAUUGGCAGAAAGUUGGAAGUUGAAGAAAACGGUGCUUAUACGUCAACAAGUAGUGGAAAUGUACGCGCAUGGUUACGACGUUCACGGUGAGCCGCUGUUAAAAGAGUUGCGCGACGAUGAACAUAUUGCACGUUUGCUUCUGGAGGUAGCGGGCCGGCGCAUAAAUUUGAUUGCGAAGGCAUCGCGCGAUGCCUACAUGAAAAUUGCGUCUGUGGGUCAUGUGCUUUUGCAUUUUCUCGAUAGACUGCGCGAUGCACCGAGUGGAUACAUUCAAAUAUCCGCUACUGACGGGGAUGAGAUUAAUAUCAUUGCUUUAAAAAAAUUAGUGACACACUGCUUCCAUUUACUCUCGCAGAAAGAGCCAACCAAUUAUCUACAUAUUGCCGGCCAAAUGUUUGAUGCGUGUUCUUUAUUACAAGAGUAAGUUAGAGUGUAACAUUUACCUAUGAAAAUUAUGCACAAUUCUUUUUUUUAACUAACUAUAUAGCUCAUAAGAAAUAUGCAUAAUGUUUAAUGACUUGU